AGGGAAAGGAAAAGAAAGGCGCCGCUUCCGCCACGGCGGGGCGGGCCCGGGCGGAGAGCGGCGGCGCGGCGGGGCUGCGAGGCUAGGGGCGCGAUGGAAGCGAGUCCCAUCGUGACGUCCAAGCAGCGAGAGGAGGUGGUGCACGGGGUGCCGACGGAGGUGGUGUGCACGGCCUUCUCCAACUCGGUCCUCGUGGUGGUCACACAGUACGGCAAGAUGGGCACCAUCGUCUACGUGGACCCCAACACCAUCGGCGACAACGUGGGCAGGCCCUCGCUCACCACGAAGGUGCUGCUGGGCAAGGAUGAGCCCCUCGUUCAUGUUUGUGCCAAAAACCUGGUGGCAUUUGUGUCGCAGGAAGCUGGGAACAAACCUGUUCUCCUCGCCAUGGCUUUAAAGGACAAAACCAUGGAAGGAAUACAGGCUCUACGAGAAGUGAUCCGAAGUUGCCAAGUGUGGUGAAGUUGUGCCAUCUGGAUUCAAGGAAAUGAUCCUGAGCCCAUGACUCAUCACCACCUAUUUAAAAGGACUCGAAAUGAAAAUGAUGGAAUGUCUUUGUGGUGGUUUUGGACGUCCUGAGGAAUUUCAUGAAUUUUUCUCUACUGUGUAGAACAUUUGUGGGUUUUAUUACUGGGGCAGGUUUGCAAGUCCACAUAGACAGUGGUGAGACAAGCGCAGUUGUCUCAACAUAGGAGAGGAGUGCUGCUUUUAUCAUGUUGGGUGGAUCAUUUGUUUGGGAAAGGGCUCAGCUCUGCACAUGUGUCCUGAGGAGCAGCAGAUGCCAAGCUCUGUAGCUGUGCCAUACCGCAAAGGGGGAACACCCAGUGCAGAGGGAAUAAAAGAAACAUUGUCAAAUCAAA